AUUCCACAAUUCCAAACUAUUCCGCUCUAGCAUCAAGCACCUUGUCGGAAUUAUUGAAGGCAUAAAUGACCUAGGUUAUCUGCUGUAUAAAACCUUCUCAAUCUUUUCAAUGACUCGCAGAACCUCCAAUCGAAUUUGCGUAGCUCACUUGAUUGGUGAACUGAAAUUAGGUUAUAUACUAUUGGACUGGAUAUGAGCUGAUUUGUUCUUAAAAUGAGUAGACUAUCAAUUCGACCGCGGCCACUCGACUUUAACAAGAAGCUGCCCAUUGUAAAAUCUUUCAAGGACUUUGAUGAUGACAUAGAGCUCCCCUCCAAUACCCGCAACCAGAUUCUACGCCUUGCAGCUGAAGCUGCAGAAAAUGAGGUACAUCAAGUUUCUGUCAAGAAAUUGGUUUCUGAAAUACCUACUCCGGAGUCGGUUAUUGUAGAUACAUAUGAAAGAGAUUAUUUGCCCAAUUUUGCUCAACCAACGUCAUACAUUCAUGCAAGAGGAGCUCGAGCUGAGCUUGGAGAAUUUGUGGAGUAUGAUCUUGACAAUGAAGAUGAAGAUUGGCUUCAGGAGUUCAACAAAGAAAGAAAACCCCUUCCAGCUGAAACGCUUGAGAUGAUACUGUUUAAACUGGAGGUUUUAGAUCAUAAGACCCGGGAAAGAGCAGGAGUAAUUAAUCCUACUUUUGCAUCACCAAUUCCCGUGCUUCUUAGUUUUGAUGCUGCUGUUGAGGCCUUGCAAUCUGUUUCCACUACGUAUGGAGUUUUCCAGUCUAUAUAUAGCUACUGGAAAGAAAAGCGUGAACGGUGGCUGAAGCCUGUUCUUCGGCGCCUGCAGCCACCUCCAUCGGUUAAUGAUACCAACCCCUAUAAUGUAUUUAGACCAAGGGAAAAGGCUCACAGACUUCACACUAGGAGGAUGCAAAGGAGGGAGAACAAUGUUCAAUCAUUUGAAAAACUUCGACAGGUUAGGCGCAACCUUGAACAAGCAAAGUCCAUUCUUGACACUCUUGUCAAGAGAGAAGAGAAAAAACGAGACCUUAUGGAGAGUGAAAUUAGCCUUCAGAGGCUUCAAAUGCAACAUAAGAAUGAUACUGAGCUUCUAAAAGAUAUUUUCACUCUACACGGAUUUCAUUCAUUUCCAAGUAUGGCUGGCUCAAGUGAAGAUGAAUUUGUUGACUCAGAUGAUGCUGAUAUUUGCCACCCAUACAAUCAACCUUCUGUGGCGGUACAUAAUCUUCCUUCCAUGGACCCAAAGGUCAGGUUUGCUUCCACCGGGAGCAUGAGGAGAAAGUUCAAACAUCCUUGCUAUAUAAUUGUGGGGUUAAUGCAGGUACAGGGGAAACCUGUUUUACUGUUCACUAAGCCUCUGGAUCCCGAGUGUCUGGCAGCAGCUGGCAUUACAAUGCCUCCACCUCCACUAACUUCUUUGUCAACUCCAACCGCCUCCUCGUCUACACCCUCAUCUAACUUUCGCGGGCGAAUCGGCAGAGGUGGCAGGCUGGUGUUCGACAGGUGGAACCCACUUAUGCACGCGCCAAUCGAGUGUGGUGAUACUUUAUAUGUAGCACCAAAGCCUAGACAAGCUUCUCAUUUCUGAGUGGUACACAGUAUGUUUGCAGCUAUUGGUUAGAGUAUAAGAGAUGAACCAUUUUCAAGUUGGAAAAUAUGUCUAGGAAAAUUCAUUGUUUGUAAAAUGCUGGCAGUAUUGUCUGUAAAAUGCCGGCGAUGUGAACCUUGUUGUCAUCCGUGGUGUGAUUGUGGCAUUACUCUUUCAAGGUAGUGGGUUUUUUUUUCUUUUUAAAGAUAGCACACUCAAUAUUCAAUAGUAAAGAUAUAUUAUCUGU